AGGAGGAGUGAGAGAUGCCGAAAAAAUGAAACUCCUCAGCACUAAUUUUUCACAUCCCUCUGCGGGAGAAGAUGGAGACCAACCCUACCACAACCUCCACAGAAAGGAGCGGAUUAAUACCUAUUUCGACCAUUGAGUGAACGUGAGUAGGCUGUCAUCACGACAGAACUUGCGGUUAAACGCGACGCAUCUUUUAGUAUAAAAGCUACCAUAUUGAGGUCAGAGGAAAGCGUUGCCAAGGCGACCAGCUUGCUAGGGAGGACACUGCGGCGCGCGUCACACGCCGGGAACGAGCGAGCGUGCGUUCCGGCGAGGGUGCGCACGUGCGCGCGUGCGCUACUGCCUGCUGAAGCGGUCACGGCAUCCACACAGCAGCAGCGGCGGCGAUAGCAGAGACAGCAUCUUUCACAAGACUACAGCGUUGCAUACAGUUUAUGUCCGCCGUUACCCAAGCGAGUUAAAUCAAGCCGCGGCUUGGACAUUGACUCGGACCGGUGGUCAGCGGUGUCGAAAUUGUCCUUGAAGGGAUUUAUCGAGGAUUUUAUCGACGACGACGUCCAAGAAAAACGCUCAAAAACUGAGUAGCUGCGACCAUUGGUCAACACAGGUGACACUUCCCAGGCUGUCAAAUCCUCUGACACCCCGCAGCCACGUCCGGGUUAUUUGGGGGUUGCUUUGUCGUCGGUAAAACAAACAUUCUGCCUGUGAAAACUGGACUGUCAGCACAGAAAUUCGUUAAUAUUUGCCGUGCAGGAGAGGACAGUCUGGACCGAGGCGAGUCUGCCUGCUCGGAUGGGAAACAUUACUAUAUCCUGCCGUGUGUGGUGUCUAAUGCAGUAGAGGCAGCUUUAUUUUUGGUAUUCAGUCUCCGCUCAUUGUCUCCAGUCAUGAAGUCCCACCUGUCGACCCGGUUGGAUUGAACGGGGUACUGCUGCCGUUUAACACUUUUGAACGUGUUUUUUUUUUUUUAUUUAUUUAUUUUUAUUUUUAUUAUUAUUUUCUUUUUUUAGAAGCAAGCACUUUUUUUGCUCGCUUGACAUUUACUCCUGCUGGAGGAAGGUUAAGAGGAGAGGACAACGGAGAGAAGGACGAAAUCUCAGGAAGAGAAAACAAAAAACAAACAAAAACGCAAAAACAUCUGUGGGAAUCUGGCACCCCACUAGCACCAGUGGAUCACAAAUUAACAGAAUUCACUGGCUGUUCAAAUCAAAUGAUCUGGAUUGAAGGAGACCAAUAGGGAUGGAACGCAACAGAACCAUGGCUGGGGAAGUGUUUUGGACCACUGUUUUGCAGAAUUAGCACUGAUCUGGCACCCACACCCAACACCCCAAGGACCUUCCUUUAACCCAACAACUGCUUUGCCUUCCAUUUCACCUUUACUCAGCACUCCUUGUGUGGAUCAGACCUCCAAAAAAUCCUUGUUUUAGUCUUUCAGGGUCUGCGUGCUUUUGUUGUUUUUAGUUUGAUGCUUUAACUUCCAGACUGUUGGUUAUAAUCCACAUUCUCUUGGAAAAAGACGAAAGUACUUAAAAAGAGACAAGAAGCAGGUGGCUGAACCAUAUGAAUCCAGUCAUGUACCGCCUUCCACUUGCUCUAAGUCAACGAAGUCGGCGCGGUUUGGUGUCCAGGACACGCCCCCAUAGUCUCAUGACAGACUGGUGCCUCAUGGCUGUGCUGGGCUUCAUCCUGCUUUUCAGCUUUGGCUCAAGCCAGAAGCUUGACCCCUCAAAACACCCCAUAGUCACCACCAACUACGGGAAGCUCAGAGGCAUCAAGAAGGACUUGAACAAUGAGAUCCUGGGCCCUGUUGAGCAGUACCUCGGCGUACCCUAUGCCACAGCACCCAUUGGCGACCGCCGCUUUCAGCCACCCGAAGCCCCUGGAUCCUGGCAGGAGAUCCGCAACGCCACCCAGUUUGCCCCUGUGUGCCCUCAGAAUGUCCACGGUGUGCUCCCGGAGAUUAUGCUCCCUGUGUGGUUCACAGACAACCUAGAUGUGGCAGCGGGUUACAUCCAGAACCAGAGCGAGGACUGCCUCUACCUCAAUAUCUACGUGCCCACGGAGGAUGGUCCGCUCACAAAAAAACACGAUGAAUCUUCAAUGAACAAGCCUCGAGACGAAGAUAUUCGUGACCGCAGGAAGAAGCCAGUGAUGUUGUUUAUUCACGGAGGCUCCUAUAUGGAAGGCACCGGAAACAUGUUUGAUGCCAGCGUGCUGGCCGCCUACGGCAACGUGAUCGUGGUGACCAUGAACUACCGCCUUGGUGUGCUCGGCUUCCUCAGUACUGGUGAUCAGUCCGCUAAAGGGAACUAUGGCCUUCUGGACCAGAUUCAGGCCCUCCGUUGGCUCAAUGAGAACAUCGGCCACUUCGGAGGAGACCCAGAGAGGAUCACCAUCUUCGGCUCUGGAGCUGGGGCAUCCUGCGUCAACCUCCUCAUCCUCUCACACCAUUCAGAGGGUCUGUUCCACAGGGCCAUAGCUCAGAGUGGAACUGCCAUCUCCAGCUGGUCUGUCAACUACCAGCCCCUCAAGUACACCAAGAUUCUUGCCCGUAAGGUUGGCUGCACCUACACAGAGACGGCUGACCUGGUUGACUGCCUGAGGCGCAAGAACUUCAGGGAGCUGGUGGACCAGGACAUCCAGCCAGCUCGUUACCACAUUGCCUUUGGCCCCGUGGUGGAUGGUGACGUCGUUCCGGACGAUCCCGAGAUCCUCAUGCAGCAGGGGGAGUUCCUCAACUAUGACAUGCUAAUAGGAGUGAACCAAGGAGAGGGUCUGAAGUUUGUGGAUGACAGUGAGGACAAUGACGGCAUCUCAGCUGCAGCAUUUGACUACACCAUCUCUAACUUUGUAGACAACCUCUAUGGCUACCCUGAAGGCAAAGACAUCCUGAGGGAGACCAUUAAAUUCAUGUACACGGACUGGGCAGACAGAGACAAUGGCGAUAUGCGAAGGAAGACCCUCUUAGCUCUGUUUACAGAUCACCAGUGGGUGGCGCCAGCAGUGGCCACUGCCAAACUCCAUGCCGAGUUUCAGUCCCCAGUUUACUUUUACACGUUCUACCACCACUGCCAGACUGAGACGCGACCUGAAUGGGCUGACGCCGCCCAUGGAGAUGAGAUACCAUAUGUGUUUGGCGUGCCCAUGAUAGGUGCCACAGACCUGUUCCCAUGCAACUUCUCAAAGAAUGAUGUGAUGUUGAGCGCUGUGGUCAUGACUUACUGGACCAACUUUGCCAAGACUGGGGACCCCAACCUUCCAGUCCCUCAGGAUACCAAAUUCAUUCACACCAAGCCCAACCGUUUUGAAGAGGUCAUCUGGACCAAGUUCAACUCAAAGGACAAGCAAUAUCUCCACAUCGGUUUAAAACCUCGUGUUAGAGACAACUACAGGGCCAACAAAGUGGCCUUUUGGCUGGAAUUAGUCCCCCACCUGCAUAGUCUGCAUGAGGAGCUCUUCUCCACCACUACUCGUUCACCACCAGGCCCUUUCCCAGGGACCCACAGACCGUGGCCCAGAACACCUGGCCCUCGCACCACUCGUCACCCCUAUCCUACCUUCCCCUCUGAUCCUGAGCCCGAGGGUUCAGAGCGUCCACACCAGGACCUGUUCCCUGGAGACACCCGGGACUACUCCACUGAGCUGAGUGUGACAGUUGCUGUGGGGGCAUCGCUCCUCUUCCUCAACAUCCUGGCCUUUGCUGCUCUCUACUACAAGCGUGACAAGCGGCAUGAGAUGCGACGUCACCGGCUGUCUCCUCAGCGGGGCGGCCCUGCCAAUGACCUGGCCCACAGCCAGGAGGAGGAGAUCAUGUCCCUGCAGAUGAAACACUCAGAGCAUGAUGCUCACCAUGACAUGGAGCCACUCCGGCCCCAUGACAUUCUACGGCCUGCCUGCCCACCUGACUACACACUGGCUCUGCGCCGUGCCCCCGACGACGUGCCACUGAUGACACCUAACACCAUCACCAUGAUCCCCAGUACUAUCACCAGCAUGCAGCCUCUUCAUGCCUUCAACACCUUCCCCUCCACUGGCCACAACAACACCCUGCCCCAUCCCCACUCCACCACCAGGGUAUAGUAGGGACAGGCCACUGUGGACCAGGAAGACUGGCUCUGCCAUUGAUCUAGAAGGGAGCCCUCUGGAUGUGGGCCAGUGUUCAGUUCUCUUAUUCUCUUGAUUCUCCAAAAACAACUCCAUCUCCUCCAUGUGCUGUCUAACUUAGCAGCUCCACUGGUGGGGUGUGGAGAACCAACUGAACUGCACGGCAGCAGAUGAUCAGUUUGGGGGUGAUUUGGAUCUUGCAAAGAUACAGUUUUCAAAGGUCGGACUAAAGCCUCCUGACAUUCGUCAAAGGGAUGAAUGCUUUUUGCCCUUUGCUGUUUCCCCUUUUCUUUAUCCUUUUGUUUUUACUUUGGUGUCUUCUCUUUUUUCUCUCCCUGGUGUGUUAUGUGCAUAUAUCUUUCUCUUUUCUACAUCUGUGUCUUAUCCCUGCUUUGUUCCUCUCAUUCGACAUGUGAUUCUCCCUCCACUCCCUUGCUCAAAGGAUUCAAAAACUACUGAGCUGUAGAAGGGGGCAUAGAGUGCAUACAGUAAUCAUAUUGCUAUGAAAACACUGAUAUCUGAUAUUUUCAUUCUACCAGCAUUCUUGGUGCCAAGUAUGUACUACUGUGUUUGCUUUCUCAUCGAGGGAGAAAAAAAGUAAAGAAAAUUCUAGACUAUUCCUAUUUACUGUCAGUUAACAGAUGCUGUGUGUUCUCAUGACAAAGUGCCAAACUGGCCCUUGAUUGUGUUUUUUCUUCUUUGUUUCAUCUUCUGUUUCUGUUUUUUUUUUUUCAAGCAUUUGUUUGUUGUUUUUUGUGGAAAGAAUUUUUGCUGAAAAUAUAGAUAUAGAGAAAUGAUAUAUUAUAGUUAUAUAUAAAUGUGUACAAAGGAGAAAGUAUAUAAAUGGGUUUCUCAGUGGGGGAUCUAUGCAUGAAUUAUUUUUAAAGAUGACGACUGGAGGAAAAGGACACUGUAUCUGUCAAUGCACGUUUCCCAAAUCUAAUCAAAUCAUAUCCGUCCACUCUGGAUAUUUUGUCUUUUGUUUUACCUCACCGAACAAGAACAUCACAGGAAAUCUAGUAACCCAACAAAUCCACUUCACCUCCCAGUACCCAUUUACUGAAAAAAAUCAUUGUCACUGAUCUCAGAAGAUGUUAUGGUCAAAGCAACAACUGUGAACACUUACACUUCUGCUCAUUUUCUUUCUUUGUGAGGUUAUUCAGUCUUAUUUCUUCAAGCAGGUAAUGCAGAAUACAACAGCACGCCCGUCAUCCUCCAGUAGCUACUUUUUCAUUCCAUCUGUGUGGAGAUGAUUGUUUUCUUUGGGCAUGUCAGGUACCAGAUCUGUUGUUGUAGCUUGCCUCUUCAGAAUUAUUUUUCUAUUUCAGUGAGGGUGAAAAACAAAACAGAGGCAGGCAGCUUUUGCUCCUUUACAUACACCUCCUUCUCCUGUCUGCACCCCUAUUUCAUGCACAUGCAUAUUCUGUUUGAUGUGUUGCUAUUAGAGAACGAGUGUGUCUGUGUAUAUGUGUGUGUGUGUGUGUGUGAGAGAAAGAGAGAGAGAGAGACAGAGAGAGAGAGAGAUAUUUCAGAACUGCUUCACAGGUUAGCCAUAAUGAGACAGUAAAUAGAUAGAGGGGCAGACAGGAGGCAAGAUCAGCCCCAAAACUUCCAAAAUGAUCUCCUUCCUGCUGCAUGCCUAAACACCCACAACAUUUCAACAUGACUUACUCACUCCCUUCUCUUCUCUCUGCCACUUACCAGCUUGGUGUUCAAAACUGACGUCCCUAUCGCAGUGAUCACCCCUAACACCCCCGGCCACCUAACCGCUAAACACAUGACUUCACUGUGUCAGUGCUGUUCUACACAAUUUAUGACCUCAGUUCAGCUCAGCUUUUAUCCUCACAUUCAAGGGUUCAUUCACUAAGCUAGUGACUUUAUGCGAGCUUGUCGGUUGUUAAAAGAAAUUCUAAGCACACUGAGGUUGACCAGUGGGCCUUCAAGGCCUGCAGCAUAGAGUUGCGAGAUGAAAAGGGGGCUUGGAUCUCCUACACAGGGUAAAAGCAACACAGCUGACAACUGCUGUUUCUGAUUCUGCUCUUUCAAACAAGAAUGUGCAGGCCUACAGCUCAUCGUGGGUAAUGAUCUGGUUGAUACAGUAUGUUAACUAAAAAGAUGUAAUGUUUGAGCCCACAGGAACACAUGGUAGCCUACAUCCAGUAUGGGAGAAGUUUGUCCCCGGUGCUGUAUUUGCUUGUGCUCUAGCUUUAGCCUGUUUGUUUGUUUGUUUUCUAUUUUAUUAUUGCCUAACUGGGUGAUGGGGCAGGGCUGGAAGGGGAGAGAUAUACCUGGCUGCUCCUGUCAGAUAUUUUGUAAGCCCACUUGAAGGGAAAUGUGCACAAUGUAAAAUGCAAAACAACUGAUUUGGGUGUGCUGCAGGUAGAUAGAUGAUGGACAGUAGCGCAAGAAAAGGUACACGCUGUGGAAAAGAGACUUUGGGAGGAGACUGGAAAAAGACUCACAGCCUUAAAUGUAGAAAUCAAAAGAGAGGAUGAACUGACCUCUGGCAAACAACACUUGACAUUCAAAGGCAUGGCCGUCUCUCUACCCAUGAUGUUUGCCAGGAUGAUACCUUGCUGAUGUGUCCUAUGGAGGAUCUGACAUGUCCAAUCAGAUCCAAAUGAACCCUUUUGUACUCACUCGUGCGGAUGAGGAGGCAGCAAGGGGUUGUGAAGUAAACCUCACCACAACACAGCCACAGUGUCACCGCUGGAGGUGAGAAAAGACGCAAGGUAUUCAAUUUGGUCUGUUCUUUUUUCCUUGUCCAUUUUAUAAGCUAACGCUGGAGGGCGCCAUUGUGACAGAAUCGCUGCAGUGCGCCCACGCUGAGGAGAGAGGAUGUGUGAAGAAAAUGACCAAACUGGGAGGCAGGACAGGGACAGACACACAACAUCCAGAAGAGGAUCAAAACUGUACAUUUUUAAGUGUAAGAAUCAAACAGACAAAUAUUUGUAAAUAUUAAGUUUCUUGUUUGUUUUUCUUUUGUUUCUCUUUUUUUUUUUUGAAGGAAUGAAUGAAAUACUUAUUUUGUGACAACAAAAGACAACAGGUGCAGUUUGCCAAAAGAAAAUGGCCACUUGCUUGCCGCAGAUCAUUUUUCAUGCCAUGCGAAAAUGAUUUUUUUUUUUUUCUGACUUAGUUGUUGUUGUCCAUUAUAAUUUGGGCAUCCUGUAGCAUCAUGAUUUCUAACCAAGAAAGUCACUGUAGCAGAAAUUCAUCUCCACUGCAGAGGGCCUGUGAUGCUGUUGUUAGCAUUUGCUGGUUUCCAAUGAAGAUUACGUUUGAAAAUUAGAACUCUACAGAUUUAGUCUGUGGUUUUGUUGCUCUUCAUUCUGGGAUUGUAGCAGAAGGAUCAGCUACACUUUUUUUAAAAAAAAUAUAUAUAUAUUGUGAUCUAGCUAUAAUCCUGAUCUUUGUAACAGCAGAGUAUUUAUGGGAACACCACACAGGCUAAGAGCGCUGAUAAAAGCCAGCUUUGUCCAGCUACCUGAUGGAGUGUCGGUGUAGAGAACUGGCCAAUGAUUCAUGGUCAGCACUUCUAAACUGAGACAUUAAACACAAGUGCAGUCAAUGAAAUGUUAGCUCACCUCACAUGUAGCAGUGUUUACAUGUAGCCACUCAAUCACAUGUGGGACAGACACGAGGGCUUUGAUACCAGAAGAUGCCUCACAUCCUCAUAAGAGUAAUGAGAUCCCCACAGGUGGUCCAACGUCCACACACUGUGUUGCAUUGAAGAGACGGGGUUUGUUUUGAACUUCCAGUGAUGUGAUGUAGCAGUGUAGAGGUUCGUGUUCUAGACAGUUGUGAGAUGGAUGAAAUCUAAAAGGUGCCGUGCACUUUCAGGCUGGACGUAUGUGGACACACACCCAGCUUUGUCUGUGUUACAAGGUGACUGGCUGCAGCCUCGGUUUGGCGCUGCCUGGAAGCACACGGUUAACAGCCCACAGAGGUCAACACACACAAAGACAGUGACAGACGCGUUCUGCUCGGUCCCCAUUGCAAAGUUGCACCUGUUGUCUUGUUUUUACAUUCUUUGUUGACUUCAGAAACCCAAGACUUGAGACGAAGAAAAAUGUUAAAUAAUGGAGUUUUAAAAAAGAUGAUUAUUAAAAAAAAAACAAGUACAGUAAAACUAUAUAAAUAAAUGAGGUGAUGAUAUUUCUGUUUACUUUAGAAGUUAUUAUACACUGUAUGCUGUGAUUCUGAUCUGGGAAACAUUAAAGACAUUCA